AUGAAUCCUGGCCUCACGAAUUACAAUGCAAUUGCCGUUCAACUCUUUGCGAUUGCAGACAAAUAUGAAGAUCGGUCCGUUGACCUUCUCAAGGGAGCUUUUGAAGCUUUCCCGGGAGCGAACUGGGCGAUUUUGACCGUUCCUCGACAAGUUCAGCAUUUUCCACUUCUUGAUUAUUUCCAAAGAGCGACUCCACGAAGUUCAUUCACAACAACUGAGGUCUACAUUGUCCAUCGUGCAGUAAUCCACGAGAUCGCAUCCGUGCGACAGGCGGCCGAAACUGACUUUGAAGCAAUCGAGAGCCUUGCUCCAGAAUUUUACAAGAACAUGAAAAUGUCUCUGAUAAAUGGACAAGGUCUCAACCCAACUCCAUCGAUUGGCACGCCCGAACUUCUAUCGACGUCAUAUUUGAUUUUCGCCGGCGAACACGCCGUUGGCGGUGUCAUCAUCGCCGCCGAGGAUAAAAUCGACGCUCUCAGAGCGAACUUCGAGAUUGAAGAUUUCGUAAACUUGGACUUGAUCGAACGAAGAGAGAAUCACAAAGUCCUGUACUGCUUCGUCGCUCCUGGUUUUCAUUCUCUUGGAAAAUUCAUGCUCUCAGAAGCGAUGCGACUUUCAGGAGCGAUAUGUUUGUACCAGCCCGUUGUUGGCCGCGAUUAUCCAAAGAAAGAGUUUCGAAAAAUUCUCAUUAAUUAUUUCGAACCGACUCAUACUGAGUUUUAUUUUGAAAAACUCACUAAAAGUCACCAGCAACCCGUCAGAUGCGAACAGUACCGAAAAGAGAAAAGAUCCACUUCAAUGUUGAGCGAUUGGAAGAAAAUGCUCCCUGCCCCGAUGCCCUUCUUGAUUGUGAUUUUGGACUUUUGA